AUGGCUGGUGUUGAUUUCAACCUGAACGUUGCGAUCGACAAACAGCGUCAAAUUACCGGCGUGUUCGCAGGCGAUAUGGUUGAAUCCCAUCGUGUUGGUGCCCAAUUUGUGGAAAAACAGGCAAAGGUUACGCUAUCUGCACCAGCGGAUGCGGUUGUCGUCUCCAGUGCGGGCUACCCUCUGGACACGACCUUUUACCAAGCGAUCAAAGGCUUGCUUACGGCUGUUGAAAUAGUGAGGCAGGGUGGUAGUAUCUUGCUUGUUGCGGCGUGCAGUGAGGGGAUCGGCAGCAAACCGUUUACCGACCUAAUUUUCAAGACUGAUGAUUUAACCGCGUUUGUGCAAGGACUUUACAACCCAGCAAACUUUGUUAUUGAUCAGUGGCAACUUGAAGAAUUAGCGAAGGUUGCCCGGAAGGCAGAUAUUUAUUUCUAUACCGAUGGAAUCCCUUACCAUCAACGGGCAAAACUCUUCGUGCAUCCGUUGAAAAGCGCGCAGGAAGGCAUUGAAGAACUUUUAACCCGCUACGGGGAAGAUGUUCAAAUUGCUGUGAUUCCUGAAGGUCCUUACGUUUUAGCGCAGUUGGAAAGGGCUUAA